CUUUGUAGUUAUGUUUUUGCACAUGCGCAGUCCAGCUCUUCGUUCCUCGGAAAUGGCUGCGCUCGUUGGUCUCCGUGCGGGUUUCUCCGCUCUGCAGCUGACCUCAUCGGGUUUACUGCACAGCUCCCUUAAACUGUGUGCAGUGCCCCUUGCACAGAGGAAUUUUGCAGCUGAAGCAAAGAAAGUUUUCUCCCGAGAAAAGCCUCAUGUUAACAUUGGCACUAUUGGACAUGUAGACCACGGAAAGACCACACUCACUGCUGCCAUCACCAAAGUUCUGGCGGAGGCUGGUGGGGCGCGGUAUAAGAAGUAUGAGGACAUUGAUAAUGCUCCUGAGGAGAAAGCCAGAGGAAUCACCAUCAAUGCCUCACACGUGGAGUACACCACAGCCAACCGGCACUAUGCACACACAGACUGCCCCGGACAUGCUGACUACGUCAAGAACAUGAUCACAGGCACCGCUCAGAUGGACGGCUGUAUCCUGGUUGUCGCAGCGACGGAUGGUCAGAUGCCCCAGACUCGUGAGCACCUGCUGCUGGCGAGGCAGAUUGGGGUGGAGCAUGUGGUGGUGUUUGUGAAUAAAGCGGACGCAGUGGAAGAUAAAGAGAUGGUGGAGCUGGUGGAGCUGGAGAUCAGGGAGCUCCUCACAGAGUUUGGCUAUGACGGAGAGAACACACCAGUGGUCAUCGGAUCUGCCCUCUGUGCCCUGGAGAACAAGCAGCCAGACCUGGGAGUGGAUGCCAUUAUGAAAUUGCUGGAAGUGGUGGAUGAGUACAUCCCUUUACCAAAGAGAGAGCUGGAAAAACCCUUCCUGCUGCCCAUAGAGAGCACCUACUCUAUCCCAGGUCGUGGUACGGUGGUUGCAGGCACUCUGGAGAGAGGGGUGAUCAAGAAGGGAGAUGAGUGUGAAUUUGUUGGACACAAUCGCUCAUCUAAGUCAGUCGUUACAGGUAUUGAGAUGUUCCACCAGUCGUUAGACCGGGCUGAGGCGGGGGAUAAUCUGGGAGCUCUAGUUCGGGGGCUAAAGAGGGAGGAUGUGAGGAGAGGGAUGGUGAUGUGCAAACCAGGAUCCAUCCAACCACACCAGAAAGUCCGAGCACAGGUGUAUAUUCUGAGUAAGGAAGAAGGAGGGAGACACAAGCCAUUCGUUACAAACUUCAUGCCCGUCAUGUUUUCUCUGACGUGGGACAUGGCCUGCAGAGUACAACUACCCGACCAAAAGGAGAUGAUCAUGCCCGGAGAGGACACGUCUCUGAUCCUAACUCUCCGACAGCCCAUGGUUCUGGAGAAAGGUCAGAGGUUCACUCUGAGAGACGGAAACAAGACCAUUGGGACGGGACUGGUGACUGAGAUCAUGGCGUCCACACCAGAAGACCAGUACAACUGGGGCUAAAACACAGAAAUGGGAAGUGUGGAGUUUGGGGGGCGGGGGGCUAAUUGAGGAUUUGAUGUUGAAGGGGAAAGGCUGGACAGGUGUGGAGGUAGGCAUAGGGCACGUCAGAAUUUAAACUGAUCCAUUAUCUGCUCUGCUAUUGGAAGAUAGAAUGGUUUUUGCUGGAGUCGAGUAAGAACAGGGUGGAAAACCUCAGAUCUGCCCUGGUUAGAGAUGAUGUACAGUUCAAUGACUUUCCAGCUUUAAAAAACUAUCAACAUAAUUAGGUGGUUGAAUGGCAGUUGUUUAGAGUCUGGCUUUGGUGUGAAACUGUAGUUCAAUGUGGAGAAAAUUAAUUUCUGUACAGUGGUGGUGAAUGGAACCAGGCCGCUACCACCAAGGCUAAACCUAAAUAUGGCCAUUUUAUUUACUAUUCAAACCCACCAGUGAACCUACACACAUCUUCUGAGUUUUAUUUAGAAUGAUAAUUAUGGUAAAAUGGAGUGAAUGUGAAAAUAAUAAGAUUUUCUUUGUUACACAGCAUUCCUCAUGUAUCCCUUAGCUCAUUAAUGAAGUUUAAGCAUACGAUUUAGACCGAAGCUUGUAUCAGAACCCAGAUGUGAGACAAUGUAUUUAUGAACUUAUCUUGGGUGUAAUAACAUUCGGUGAGGGAGUUAAUAAAGGUGAUCAAGUAUUCAUAAACCUGGUUUCAUUAAUCACGCCUGUGAGUAAUUCUAACUACAGAACACAGCAUUUCACACCAAACCACUCUUUAUUUACAUUAUUCGUUUAACUGUUCGUGGUGCACUACUGCACCCUGGUGGUCUGGAUGAUCAGUGCACUCUAUUCUCAUUACCCUUCUAAUUUGUCAACUUCUGUCAUAAAAAAAAUAUAUAACACUGUUUAUUUUCUGUAAUCAUCCAGUCCACCAUGUGGCGCUGUUUGUCCACCACUAGCUUUCAUCUGUUUGAGAGGUAUGAAGUUGAGAUAUUAUAGUGUCUGAUGGAUGGACUUGGCUAUGGAUUCACACAUCCAGUCAUGCAAUGUGGUUCCAUACUGUCUGUUUUGCUUAUAAUUUGUCUGUAUACAUGCUAAGGAAUGUGGUUGAUGUAAUAAAUGUAUUUAAUAGAA